AUGCUGACCCUUCCUUUAGAUUUGAUUCUUUAUAUUUCAGAUAUUGGGAAUUUGAGUAUCAAAGAUGUUUUCCACCUCAGUCAAGUCAACAAAUUAUUCAGAGAAAAGUUGCUGCACCCAUACUUCUGGCAUAUGGUGUACAAUCAAAAAAUUGGCAGAAUCUAUGAACUAUUCGGUAUAUCAGAGCCUAUUCCUGAAAGCAACUAUUAUAAGCUCUGCAGAGAACAUUACCGCAUAUUUAAUGUAAUUGAGCAAGAGUUGAAUGACUUUAAUGAAUCCAAAAACUAUAAAAUACGAGACUACAUUACCAAGUAUUCAUUGAAUUCAGUUUUUCUUCCGACUUUACUCUUUUUUUUACGUCGUGAAGAUUUCGAAAUCAAGUUAAAUAUUAGAAAUAAAUCCAGUGCUGUUGAAUUUUCAAAAGGUGUAUUUCUAGCCAAUUUGGUUGCUGGUCAAAGUUUUAAUAUUGGUAUAAAAAUGCUAUCUAAGUUCUUUGAAGAGCCAUUGAAUUCCAGGUCCUACGAAUCAUUUUGGUUUGCCAUCAGCUUAUUACAGAAAAAGAGUUUUAAAAUAAUUAAAGCUCGAAAUAUAUUUCUUGAGGGAGCAGCAGAGAUACUCAGAAAACUCACCACCGAGUAUUAUCCUUUGCCACUUGUUGACGAUCAUUAUACUUUUAAAACUGUCGAUGAAUAUUCUGACAAGGUUUCUCACUAUAUCCAGCUACUCUACCAAUGUUAUUGUGACAUUCGUUGUGAGGAAAGCAACUACUUGGAAGCCACCAAUUUGUUGUCUAUGUAUAGUGGUCGUCACAAGGGUGACCAGCUUCUUGUGGCAUCAUCGUUGAUAAAAGUUGUUGAUGAGCAAUUGGAUGCUCUAGAUAUUAGAAUUACCAGUGGUGAAGAAAAACCCAAGCUUUUGUUGACCUCUAUGGGUACAGCAUUAAUUGGUGACUACUGUGUUCCAUUUUUAACUGGACAUCCAAGAGUUUUAAAGAAGGAAAAAUUUCUUGACGUGUGCAGAUCUAUUUCGGAACCAUUGGCAAAUAGAGCUUUGUUACCGAUAACAAAGGUUGAAAUACAGUCUAUGAUUUGUUAUUACGGAACUGCACUUAAAUUUUUAGAUGGGCGAGACGUAUUAUCUCCUCCAUGUCAUCCAAGUACGUAUUGUGACGACACUUUUACCUUUUUUGCCCAGUUUAUAUUACCAUGUUUAUUCAGAAAGGAAGUGAGCAAUUUCAAUAUGCAAAUAUUACUACAAAAUGUCAGAGAAUUUCUUGACGAUUCCAAUCAUAUAUAUUAUCCCAUUUUUAGUAGAUUGCCAAUUUUAAGCGGAUACCCGUUGCUCAUUGAAAUUGCUCCUCAGUACUUACAGUGCAACUACCUGCCAAACAACUUACAAGGCAAGAUCGUUAUCACAAAUAGGUCUGAUGUUGCUGCUAUUGUUCUUGGGACUUGCAGCGACAGCCUGUUGUAUCAGGUCUUGAAUGCAUAUGGUGAGCUAGAGCAACUCCGUGACACUUCAUUUACAGUAGUGGACAAUGUUUCCACCGAAGAGGUUGAAACAUUUAUUGAAUUGGUUGGCUUGGCAAAUUUGCUAUACGUACGAAUUAAAGGUGUAAGUUUGAAAGAAGGUGAGGAACCUAGAUUUAUAAUAGAAUAG